AUGCACUCGCUGCUGGCUGGUACCAUCGCAGGCGCGGUCGAAGGCUUCCUGACCUACCCCACCGAGUUCGUCAAGACCCAGGCGCAACUCGCCUCGAACGCUGCCUCUUCUGCUGCUCUCAAAUCCACUGCGACGUCCAAGACGAUCCCCAGUGGUGUUCGACACAUUACGUACGGCGCUCUGCCAGCGCACAAGCUCAACAUGGCCGCAGCUGCAGCUGCCACAGCUCCUUCGACCAUGACCCCACGCGCAGGCGCAUCUGCGAUGCAAAUCGUUAAAGACACCUAUCGAACGCGCGGCAUCACCGGCUUCUUCAGCGGUGCAGGAGCCAUGGUGACAGGAAAUUCUGCCAAAGCAGGCGUCCGUUUCCUCACCUACGACACGAUCCAAAACGCCCUCCGACCCAAAUCCACCUCUUCCUCCAAAGAAAAACUCUCCAUGGGUCGUUCCAUUCUCGCCGGAUUCCUCGCAGGAUCAGCCGAAGCCAUGCUAGCCGUAACCCCGAGCGAAGCGAUCAAAACCCGUAUGAUUCAGGACUCCCUCCAACCGACACACAUGCGCAAGUACAAGGGUCCCAUCGAUGCAGUGCAAAAGAUCGUGGCGAGCGAAGGACUGGCUGGGCUGUACAGGGGCCUGGGAGCGACGGUAUUGAGACAGGGAGCCAAUUCCUCGGUGAGGUUGACAUCAUAUUCGCUCUUGAAGGCGGUACAGGUGGAUGCUGGGUAUGGCAAAUCGACGGUGGCGACGUUCGCAUCGGGUGCCGGUGCCGGGUUGAUCACGGUGUACCUGACGAUGCCGUUUGAUGUGGUAAAGACCAGGUUGCAACAGUCUCCAGCGGCAAACGCAGCAGUGGCAGCAAGGCCCUCCAUCCUCAGCUGCGGCGUGGAUAUCGUCAAGAAGGAAGGCGUCAAGAAUCUGUGGAAAGGGACGACGCCGAGAUUGACUAGGUUGAUCUUCAGCGGUGGCAUUGCAUUUACCGCGUACGAGACUGUCAUCGGUUGGUUGAAUCCGGUUACUGUGUAG